UCACUCGUCCCGUGACGUCGGACCCAGUGACAAGUAUUAAAUAACAGUGCAAAAAUCCACCUCCAAGUUUACCCCUCCAUUGAUUAAAUGAUUAAACCUAAUUAACAGUGCAGUUGGAGAAAACCUCAAGUGUUAAACAAGUGAAAAUGGUCCAGCAAUAUCAGUCCCCCGUGAGGGUCUACAAGCAUCCCUUUCCUCUCGUCAUGCUGGCAUACGAAAAACGCUUCCCGACGUGUCCCCAAAUCCCGGUGUUCGUCGGCUGCGAGGUGACUCUUGACGAGGAGUCCCAGAAUGGCGCCAUCCGUACCACCGAGCGUCGGUGCAAGCUGAACGUCGAGGCCCCUUACAUUCUAAAGAAAAUCAUCGGUGUCGACUUCAUCUACUUCAUUCAGAAGAACGUCCUGGACCGACGGAACUCCAUUCUUGAGAUAGAGGCAUGGAACGAGUCAUUUGCGGCACGUGUUGCUGUAGUAGAAAAGUGUCGUUACUUCGUACAUCCGGAGAAUCCGGAGUGGACGUGCUUCGAGCAAACGGCGAGCCUCGACAUUAAGAACUUCUUCGGUUUUGAGAAUGCAAUGGAGAAAUUGGCGAUGAAGCAGUACGCCCAGAACAUCGCCAAGGGUAAGGAGAUCAUCGAGUUCUUCAUCAAUGAAUUGAAGAAGGAGGGAGUGACCUCGGUGGAGGCGUGGGUAGAGCCAGAGAAACUCAUGGGCUCGGAUGAGAAAGACCUGGAAGAUGAGGACAUCAUCAUCGAGGAGAAGAGCGAGGCUGAGGCCAAGUUGCCGUCCACAAAAACACAGUUGUCUUCGGAUUACAUUGAGAGGUACCUGGGGAAGUUGGAUCUGAUGCAGGAGAGCAGACUUGUCCAGCUCAGGAACAGUAUUCAGGAACUGCGAGGUGCCUCCGUACCCAGUGACGCCACACUCCUGAGAUUCCUGAGAGCCAGGGAGUUCAUGGUGGACAAGUCCAAGGAGAUGCUCACGCAGUCCCUUCACUGGAGGAAGAAGUAUCAGAUUGACAGGCUUUUGGAGGAGUACGAGGCGCCGAAGGUUGUGAAGAAUUAUUUUCCGGGGGGGUGGCAUCAUUGUGAUAAAGAUGGUCGCCCCCUCUACAUUCUCCGAUUAGGCCAAAUGGACGUCAAGGGCUUGCUCAAAUCGAUCGGAGAGGAUGAAUUAUUAUUACUCGCUCUACACAUAUGCGAGGAGGGACUUUCACUGAUGGAGGAGGCUACCACUGUCCUUGGGCACCCGGUGUCCCAGUGGUGUCUGCUCAUCGAUCUUGAGGGGCUCAAUAUGAGACAUUUGUGGAGACCUGGUAUCAAAGCACUUUUAAGGAUUAUUGAAAUCGUUGAAGCUAAUUAUCCUGAGACCAUGGGACGAGUUUUGAUAAUUAGAGCUCCACGAUGCUUUCCCAUACUAUGGACUCUCAUCAGCACAUUUAUACAUGAAAAUACGAGAAAUAAAUUUAUUUUCUAUUGUGGAACUGACUAUCAGGAGCAGAACGAGGGAGGGCUGACUGAUUACAUAGAUCCGGAGUAUAUUCCUGAUUUCCUCGGGGGUCCGUCAGAGGAGGGUAUUUCUGUUGAACAACUGACAAUACCAUCGAAGUAUUACAUUAACGAGACACCCUGCAGCAGUACCUAUGUAAACGAGGGAGGAGUGGUGCCGAAGAACCUCUACCGCCUAGAGCUAGAGCCCUCAAACGAUCACGAGCACAGUCUCUAUCAUUCGAUAAGCCUCUCCCACGGUCAGGUUCACCAUGUUGCGAUAAACACAAAUGAUCCAGGAGCUGUUCUCACCUGGGACUUUGACGUAAUGCGUCACAACGUCAUCUUCACGCUCCUCCACGAGAAGAUAGAGGCGGAUCUAUCACCAAAUGGUACAGCAUCAGGUGAUCAAGGUGAUCAACUCGAUGGGGCUCUUAUGAAGGAGUGGAGGGAGGGGGUGGAUUGCGUCAAGGUAGAAUCGAGUGUUGUCUGCCACGAUGGGGAGAGCAUCCAGGGGACACACAUCAUCCAAGAGCCUGGGACUUACAUUCUCCAGUGGAAGAAUCCUGAUGAAGGAGAAUUCCUGCCAUCUAUCAGUGCUCAUAAGGCCCAGUUGAUGUACUUCUAUGAGGUUCUGCCAUCGGCUCAUUACAGGGGCUCCAUGAUGAGUCUUCAAUCUGCCGUCAGUGGAAGGUCCGUUGCUAGCUCAUCACUGUCCAGAUGAGAGGGCGGAAUUCAUGAGGAGGUCGAGGGAGGAAUGACUGAGGGAGAAUGAUCUUCUAAGAAGAGAUUUGGUGAAUGAGGCUUUAUCUGGAUAAAUAGGGGAUUAUCUUGAUAACGAGGGGGUUUAGAAGAAAAAGUCAGAAGGAUUUUUAUGAAAAUCUGUUGGUUUUCGAGAUCAUUUGAGAUUUUUUUAAUGAAAAAAAUUAAAGUGUUGGGGAAAAUUACAUUCGAUCGUUCUACAAAUUCUUUUAUUAUAUCGAAAAUGUGAGGGUUUCGGAGAAAAUAUCACAAGACCUUCGUGGCAAAAAAUUAACUUUACGAAGAAAAAUCCCCUAUGACCUUUCACCCUUCAUUCACUCUUUCCUGAGACAAUCCCCAUUCCAAUAUUUAUUCGACAUUGAUAUGAUCAGUUGCCUCUAGUGAAAAGGAAAAUUUUAAAUGACUCAAGAGUUACGCUCGUAUACCCCCCUCCUGAAUCGAAACGUAUCUCACCAGUAAUCACGAAAGCUUGAACAAUUGAACCUAAAAGUGUUAAGAUUAUCACCAGAAUGAACUAUUUUCAUACGAAAUGUAAAGCUCCAGGUGACAAUUCUGCGAUGAAAUAAUGCUCCAUAAGUUAACGAAUAAUGUACAGGAUAUAUUUUGUGAUGGCGAUAUUAAAAACUUGCGAUAAACUCUUCCAAUUGCAUAAGAAGAAAAUAAUUGUACAUAACGAGGGGAGUUUAAAGAAAAAAACCUAAUGGGUUUUAAAAUAAAACAAUGAAGACAACGGAAACAUGACAACUUAGGCAACGACAAUAUUAGCUAGUGAAUGAAGAUAAUGAAUAUUCCUCAGACAUUCGAAAUUAAGUCGUAAUUUUGCAAGGAUUAUUUAUACUAUUAAUUCAUUAGUAUAUUGGACCCAAUCGAUUAAUCAACUGUAAAAUUCCGGAUAUGUUCAAUGCUGUUUGUCUGUAGUCAAUACUAGAGUAAUAAACCAAAUGUGAGGAUAUUUUUGAGGCAAACUAACUCCAGUUAGGGACUAUUAUCAUGUAGAAAAUGAUGUUUUAGGGGUACACCGAGUGUUUAAGACUGUAGAAUUCGUGAUAAAAUUGUAGAUCCAAUUGCAAUUACUGCGUAAGUAUUAUUAUUCAUGAAAAAUGUUCAAUUAGGAAUUUAAUCCACUCGUUGCGAGGCAUUUUAAUAGAUGAAUUACGAAAUUGUGGCGUCGAAUCCAAUGUCAAGACAGUUUACUUAAUUUUUACAAAAUUUAUUACGAGAUUCACUGAAUGAACAUAAACUUGAAGAUGUUUUAUUUGCGUUCGAAGGUACUAACCAACACUAAUUAUUCAGGCAAAUUGCAUCACUGUGUUUAGACUCGAUGAUAUUUUUUAGAGACUUCUAUAUUGCAUGUUAAACGAUAAAAGAGAAUUUUAACGAAUGAUACAUAUGUGCAAGCUACAUUCAUACGUCAGGACAUUCCAAUCAAUUGUUUUGUCUGGAGAAUUUUAAUCAUGAAAAUAGAGAUAAUAAAGUAUAGAUGAUGUUAAAAAA